GCUAAAUGACGUAGUAAAUUCUGCUUUGCUACUCUGUUUACAAUUUUGCGCGAAAACGGACAAUGUAUUAAAAUAUAUAUUUAGAAAAUUAUAUAGCUUUGUAUGGUAUGCUUUUAGUUGUUAGCAACUUACAAAAACACAACAUGUAGCAAAGAUGUCCAAAAUAAUGCGAAGUACUAGUGUAUUACGGUAUUUAUGCAACUUCAGUGUUGACUUUUAUGUAACCAGCGAGUAAAUUCAUAUUUCACGGACGCGUUUUUCAUCUAAAUAUAUUUCAAGGCUUUCGUAACAUGGCAACACUUACUCGCAAACUAUUACCUCUUGUAAGAAACGCGCUUUCAAAUCAAACGCGCCGCGCAUACGCGCAUACAGGGUCAACGACGGCUGUUCGAGCAUUCACAUGCUCAGCAAACCGGUUACAACUACAGAACGAGCAUGGGACAAAUGCCCAUGUUUUGACUGGGAAAGUGGACAGAUUCGGCGGAGUGACAGUGAACCUCGGUGACAGUGAUUUCCCGUCGGAUAUCAGCGAAGGAGUAUUUAGUAAUCUAUUGCGAGACUCUUUGGCUCAGUGGAGGACAGAGGGCCGGGUGGCAGUCUGGCUUCAUGUGCCCAUCUCUUUGAGCCGCUGUGCCGCAGAAGCUUCUGCUCAUGGCUUCACCUACCAUCACGCCAAGCAGGACCAAGCCAUUCUGGCUCUGUGGCUGGGAGAUGGGCAGAGCAGGCUGCCCGGGUUUGCUACCCAUCAGAUUGGAGUGGCAGGUGCAGUUGUUGAUGAGUCAAAUGGAAAGGUUCUCGUCGUUCAAGACAAAAACAAGACAGUAAAUGCAUGGAAAUUCCCUGGAGGGCUCUCGGAUCCAGGAGAAAACAUUGGCACCACUGCGGUCCGUGAGGUCUUUGAGGAGACGGGAGUCCGCUCUGAGUUCAAGUCCCUUCUGAGCGUCCGGCAGCAACACAACCACCCGGGUGCUUUUGGUAUGUCCGACAUGUACAUCAUCUGCCGCCUAAGCCCCCUCACUUAUGACAUCAACUUCUGCACCCAGGAGUGCCUGCGCUGUGAGUGGUUGGAGCUAACCGAGCUAGCCAAGACUAAUGCCACAACACCCAUCACUAGCCGCCUAGCCAGGCUCCUGCUUCAUGGACUAAACCAGGGCUUCAACAAGAUUGAUCUGGCUAUGGAGGAGCUGCCAGCUGUCUACUCAGGGAGGUUCUACCAGCUGUACCACAGGGAGCUGCCGCCGGUGCUCAAACACAACGCCUGAGGACAGGGUCCGCCUUGCCUAGCCUAGCACAGCGAUGCUAAUUGCACUAGCACGUCAGUGCUUGUCAUAUUAGCGUGUGGAUGAUGUUUUACCAUAGUACUUGAAGUGUAUAUUCAUGGCAGACUGGAAUAGGUUUUUAUGUUACAAGGGAAGGAGGGUGUAGCAAAUGGUACCGAUGAUGAUCACUGUAAAGGACAUUUUGCACAAAUCACAAGAUGUACCUCUUGUCUGUAAAAAAUCUAAUAAAAAUACACAAUUUGAAGAAA